UGGGCCAAGCCUUGGGGGCCCCAGGAACAAGCUCAGGACACAGCAUGAUGGACACCUUGGCUGUCGCCCUGCGGGUGGCUGAAGAGGCCAUCGAGGAGGCGAUUUCCAAAGCAGAAGCCUACGGGGACAGUCUGGACAAGCAGAACGAGGCCAGCUACCUGCGGGACCACAAGGAAGAGUUGACCGAGGAACUGGCCACAACUAUCCUGCAGAAGAUCAUAAGGAAACAGAAGAGCAAAGGCGAGCAGCAAAUGGAAGAAGAGCCAGAGUGGUUGCAGCCCCAGAGCUGCAUGGCCAAGGCAGCUGACCGGGGGACCGCCACACCCCCAGGAGGCCCCCGAGCUCCCUGCACCCUCUGGCAGUCCCAGUCUGCAUUCUCACUCCCCAGAGAGGACGCCCUGAAGCCCCCUUCCCUGGAGGCUGUGUCGAGACUGCGGAGGAGCCAGGCCCAGCCACUGCGGGAGGAGGCAACCUUGCCCAGCUGGAAGAGCACGGACAGGCUGGACGAGACAAACCUGGCCGAGGUUUUGCAGAGCCCCGAUGGGAACUGGGUGGCCCUGAAGGAUGGUACUCUGCUGCCCACCCGCCUGCUGGCCAAACCUAAGAGUGGCACGUUCCAGGUCCUGGAGGCAGCCUCCAGCGUGGCCUCUGCCUACGACGAGAUGGGCUCUGACAGCGAGGAGGACUUUGACUGGAGUGAGGCCUUGAGUACACUGUGCCCACGGACCCGAGGCCAGCCCAGGAACCCCCAGCCUCAGCCCACACAGGCCCAGAGCUUGCACCAAGGCCCAUCAGCCGCCAACUCUGGGCUCUCUCCGAACCCCGAGGCCAUGUGUUCCGACUCAGAGACCUCCUCUGCAGGCUCUUGCCGGGAAGCUGGGCGCCGGGCAAGACUGUCCUGGCUGCUGAGGAAGGCCCCCAGGGACCCCACAGCAGAGAAGCUGCGCUUGCAGGGAGAACUGGACGUGAACUUCAACCCCCAGGCCCCCAGCAGGGAGACCUCAGACAGCAGCGAGCCUGAAGAGGCCCCCUACGCCAUGGACCGGAAGACCAGGAAGUGGAGAAGGGCCCGCGUGGGCUCCGAGGAGCCAAGUGAGGAAUUGUCUUCUCCCAACGCCCAUUCCCAGGGGCUGGACAUACAACAGGUGUCGGGUGAUUUGUCAGAGACUGACCUCAGUAAUGAACCUCAGCACCCUCGGACCAGCGUGGCCACCACCGAGGAGAAACUGAGAAACAGGCUGUAUGAGUUAGCAAUGAAAAUGAGUGAGAAGGAGACGUCUUCGGGAGAAGAUCAGGAGUCAGAGCCCAAGAUGGAGUCUGAGAACCACAAGGAAAGUCUGUCCUCUGAAGACAACAGCCAGGGCGUCCAGGAAGAGCUGAAGAAGAAGUAUUCUGCAGUUUCUCUCUGCAACAUCUCCACAGAAGUCUUGAAGGUCAUCAAUGCCACAGAGGAGCUGAUAGCAGAGUCCUCAGGGCCCUUGGAGUUCCCACCUGUUCCUCCCGACAGAGAGAAGGGGACAUUUCCUCUCGGGAUAGACCAAGUGAGACUGGAUGAGCAGCUGACUUCCCUGGAAGAAAACGUGUACCUGGCGGCAGGCACCGUGUACGGACUGGAAGGCCAACUGAAUGAGCUGGAGGAUGCCGCCCGCUGCAUCCACAGUGGCACCAAUGAGACCGAGCUGGCAGAUCUGGAGGACCAGGUGGCCACGGCGGCAGCCCAGGUCCACCAUGCUGAGCUCCAGAUUUCUGAUAUCGAGAGCCGGAUUUCAGCUCUGACCAUUGCCGGAUUAAACAUAGCACCGUGUGUGCGCCUCACAAGAAAACGAGAGCAGAAGCAAAGGAACCAGGUACAAACCAUAGACACAUCAAGGCAGCAGAGAAGGAAACUGCCUGCCCCACCAGUGAAAGCUGAAAACAUGGAGGCAUCUUCAGUGACCACCACGAAAACAUUUAACCGCAACUUCGUUCUCCAAGGCUCCUUGACAAACAGGACUAAUGAAAGGAAAAACACCACCAAGGAUUUGAUGGAGCCCACUCUGGAGUCAGCGGUGAUGUAUUAG